UCAACCCAGAGAGUAGUGACAACAAUGAGAUAGCAGUAAUUUGAUACACAGGUAAUGUUAGAGCCACGCGGAUUAAAAUGAUUAGCUAACCGGCAAUGACAGCGGGAUUUACUCUGAACCGAGUCCCUUUCGUUUGAGCGGAGAGUCGCUAUCGCUAAUUUAUUUUAUUUUAUUAGUGAAAGUGCGUCUCCAACGUCGGACCUGAAUGUAUAAACUACCAGGAAAUGCUGGUGUGUCGGUGUUUGGGGACAAGUCGCUGGAGUUUUACCGGGACCCGGUGAGCUUCUGCCAGCAGAGGAUCGAGAAACACCGGAGCAGAGUGUUUCAGUGCCGCAUGCUGAACAGACCGACUGCCUUCAUCUGCUCCGUGCAGGGGAUGAGAGAGCUGCUCUGUGAGAAGUCCAACUUGUUCCUGAAGGAUCCAACUGACCUGAUGACCAACAUGUAUGGUGACACCGUUGUCACCACUAAUGGUGAGGAGGCAUGUCUUCUCCGCCUGUCUCUCACCAGCCUGUUCGCAGGAAGCUGUUUGGAAUCAUCCAGUGAUUAUAUCACCAGUGUAUGUGAGCGCUGUCUGAAGGACCUCUCUCUCAGUGGCCAGCCAGAGUGUGUGUACUCUGCCUUUAAGCGCCUGGGCACAGAGUUGGUUUUGGGCCUUUUUCUGAACAUACGAGCGGAGGAGCAGCCUGACCUAUUCCAGGAAAUCAUGCAGCUCUGCACCCAGCACUGGCAUGGUCUGAUCUCUGCUCCGAUCAACCUGAAGGUUCCUCUGUGGUCGUCGGGUUUCUCCACUGCUCUGGAUGCCAGAGACAAACUGAUGGUCAUCAUUAAAGACAAACUGGAGAAUGACACACAGGGUUUUGUCGGCUCUCUUGGUUCUUUGCCGCUGCCCGACUCCACUUCUGCCUCCCAGCAUCUGCUGCUGUUCAUCUCGGCUCUGAUCCCCAAAGCCCUGGCAUCGCUGCUCACCUCCUUCACACUGGCACUCAGUGGAAACAAACAGGCCCGUCUGCGAGCGAUGGAAGAUCCUGAUUACCUGCGCACAGUACUGCUGGAGGUGCAGAGACUUUGGCCUCCUUUCAUUGGUGGACGCAGAAUAGCUGAUCAGGACACUACGAUCGCAGGGUUUCCUGUUCCAAAGGAUUAUGGUGCGAUCUAUAUCAGCCACUCUGUCCACCGCGACCCAGAGGUGUUCCAGCAGCCGGACAACUUCCUGCCGGAGAGAUGGAGCGGAAGGAAUGCAGGCCAGGAGCACUACCUGUGUUCGUUCGGCAACGGGCCUAGAAGCUGUAUUGGAACUAAACUUACUGAUGUCUUCCUUAAGGAAGCGUGCAUGUACCUGUUAAAGCACUACGACUGGUGUUUGGACCCUCCAUCACAGGACCUUGAGUACAAAUGGCUGCCUGUGUCUCGCCCCGCUAACCCCCCCACCAUCUCUUUUACCCGACUGGAUCUGACCAGAUCUGACAGGAGCGACACCAACUAGGGGAUGCACAGUAUGUUUGGUGAUGUACCUGCUUAUAAAUUAAAAGAAAAAGGGGGAAAAAAAGAUAUGAGCAUUAAAGACUGUAGCUAGAGGCCACAUAUGCCUGUCUAGAAUGUGCAGAACAAGCUGGAAAAUAUGUGAACACACACACACACACACACACACACACACACACACAGGGAAGCCAGCAAACUGUGAGGCUUUCCCUGCUGCGUAUAAUUCAGUAAUCGUCCUGGGGAAAGCCGAGGAGUGUACUGGUUUCACUCUGUGUUCUCUGCCAGAUAUUCCGCAGCUUUGCUUCAUGAAUCUGCGACAGAAGACAAGCAUUUAGUCUGGUCUGUUUUUUAAUGGGUCAUUUAUUACAGUUUAAAAAGAUUCACCAGAUCCACAAGAUGAACCUGUCUUAUACAUCAGAUGUUGCUUCUAGGGUGAAUUGAGGUACACCUUCCUUUUUGUCGUGGUGGAAUUAGCUGUGAACAGAAAUUGAAAUUACUUCCAAAACUGCAGCUUUUAUGCGGUGAGAAAUCACAUUUCUUUUUACCACACUGCAGCAUCACUAUUUAAAUCAAAUAAAUCCAAGGGAACACACACACACACACACACAAACACACACAUACUUGCACGCAGAGGUAAGCCCUCAGAUUCCCUACCUAACUGCAAACCUGUCUCCCCUCCCCCUUCCACCACCUAGCAACCACCACUGCUUAGCAACAGUUCGUCAUACCGACACUGACUUCAGUAUGCAAGUCUCACAAACACACACACACUUGCACACGCUAACCUGGUUAUUUUUGAAAGCGGUUGGCAGUGAUACACAUACCAUCUGAAUCACAUGCAAAUAAUGCCAGAAGGCGUUUGAGAGCUACAGUUUAAAUAACCUUUGUAACCUGAAUGAUUUUUAGCCCAUGAAUCAUAAACUAAACUACACUCAUUAUGUGUCUGCCUCAUAGAUAAACAUUUUUUUUUAUUUGUAACUAAUAAUUUAUUAAUAUUCAAGUGUGGUACACAUUCGUUUUAUUAUAUAGUGUGUACGUUUGCAUUUGUCUUUCAUAGUCAUUUGAAGGCUGUAAUUGUUGAAUGUCUUUCUGAUUUGACGUACGAGACAGUGUCUUACUUCAUGUAAUGUUACUAUAACAUCUUACUAUCAUGCUACAUUGUUCUUUUAUGAGCUUAUGUGCUAUAUUUUUAGUAAAAAAAAAAUUACA